AUGGCGUCCCGGUCGAUUAUUUUGAGAUUCGAAAGCCGCAACGGCCAGUUCCGGCUGACAGUCAGCCCUCAGGACUUGUUUCCUACUCUUCAGCAGAAGAUUGUUGAACAUCUACCCUCCAGCACAGAUCCCGCAUCUAUUACCCUUUCCAAUAAGCCCAUAGGUACUGGUGGUGAAGAGAGGCUUCUGAGCACACUUGGAGGUGUGCCGAUCGAGAGAGUCGGUCUCAAACACGGAGACAAGCUCUAUCUCGGUUACAACGAGACCCAAGGACAACAGAAUGGCUCCGUCAACGGAGUUCCUGCCUCAAUUGAAACAUCCCGACGCUUGAACGGAGCACCGGUUCCACAGAACGAUACCGUCACAUUCCGCCCCCCGCAACCGACCUCCCCAACCACUGUGAUCAAGAACCCCUGGGAUGUGGUGCAACAAUCACCGCUCGAUGAUGCACUGGACAAGAAGGACGGCAAGAUCCAUCGGCCCCGCGAUAUGAAGAUGUGUCGACACGGUCCCAAGGGCAUGUGUGACUAUUGCAUGCCGCUCGAGCCAUAUGACCCCAAAUACCUGGCCGAGAAGAAGAUCAAGCACCUCUCCUUCCACUCGUACCUACGCAAACUUAACGCCUCCACCAACAAAGCGGAGCUCAAAAGCUCUUUCAUGCCCCCGCUCAAUGAACCCUACUAUCGCGUGAGACGAGACUGCCCGUCCGGACAUCCUCAAUGGCCGGAGGGCAUUUGCACCAAGUGCCAGCCGAGUGCCAUCAGUCUACAGCCGCAAGAGUUCCGUAUGGUCGACCAUGUGGAGUUUGCCCACUCGGAGCUUGUCAACUCGUUGCUCAACUUUUGGCGGAAAUCCGGGGCCCAACGGUUGGGAUUCCUGUACGGAACCUACGAAGAAUACGCGGAGGUUCCCCUGGGCGUCAAAGCAGUAGUGCAGGCCAUCUAUGAACCCCCGCAGGUCGAUGAGGUUGACGGGGUCACGCUGCACGAGUGGCCCGAUGAGAAGGAGGUUGAUGAGGUGGCGCGGCUUUGUGGCAUGGAGAAGAUUGGAGUGAUAUUUACAGACCUGCUUGAUGCGGGUAACGGAAACGGAUCAGUAGUGUGCAAGCGGCACAUUGAUUCCUACUAUCUUUCUUCCCUCGAGAUCGCUUUCGCAGCGCGCCUACAAGCUCAACACCCCAAGGCAACAAAAUGGAGCCGGACGGGCCGGUUUGGAUCCAAUUUCGUCACCUGUGUCCUCAGUGGAGACGAAGAAGGUGCGAUCACUGUCAGCGCGUACCAAGCAUCUGUGGCUGCAGUCGAGAUGGUUCGAGCCGACAUCGUCGAGCCGUCCGCCGAACCAUCUGUGAUGCUGGUCCAGUCUGAGGAUGACGAUGAGCAGAACAAAUCUCGAUAUAUUCCUGAGGUCUUCUACCGCAAAAUCAACGAAUACGGCGUCAGUGCUCAACAGAAUGCCAAACCCAGCUUUCCGGUGGAAUAUCUCCUUGUCACUUUGACCCAUGGUUUCCCUACCGAAUCCUCCCCCCUCUUCACCGACAGCACCUUCCCCAUCGAGCAUCGUGAAGUCAUUGGCGAGAGCCAAGAAUUACGCAACGUCGCGAAGAAGCUCGUCUCGCAUGGUGACCCGGAGAAGGCAAUCCGUGCUGUGUCAGAUUUCCACUUGCUGUGCUUCCUGCACAACCUCUCCACCUUCAGCAAAGACGAAGAAUCUCUCCUCUGCCGCGUCGCAACGUCCCGCAACCCCGCCGAUGGUAUGCAGCUGAUCAACACCCCCGGCUGGGCGACACUGGUCACAAUUCUGCAGGAAAGUGGUGAGCGGCCCCCCAAGCGCCCCUGGCUGAGCACGGCCACACUAGCUCCUCCAUCCUCAUCAUCACCAUCACCAUCACCUGGAUCUGAGCUCCCUCUCCCCCUGAGAAAAGCCGGUCGACGCCCCUUUCCCUCUGCCUCUGCCUCCUCCCGAUCCGCCUCUCCCAAAUCAGAAAGUGAACAGCUUGCUAAGAGGUUUAAGGGAGCUAGCCUAGAAUGA